UAAAUAUCUACAACGUGAACUUUGCCCUGUAGAUGUCUACAACAUGCCAUUAAACAAAAUACAUAAAACUCAGAAUUUUACAGUUGGGCGUGAGGUGACAACAUCUCAGGGGAAGUAUCCAUGGAACCAGUUAUCAGGUUUUCCUCCCUAGAGAUAGCCUGCCUAUUACAUAUUAGUUGUGAUUGCUGCUAUUACUGUUGUAAGUGGCCGACAGAAUCCACAUCGAAUCCAUUCUCCUUUCCCUACUUUCAAAGCUUUAUCCUUACGUUUCCUUCGCAAUUUCGGCGAAAGGGCUGAACCUGUCUUCUUCUUUGUACAGUUCGGCACUUGUCCAACUUCCAAGUAAUUCUUUUUCCUUGUUACGUACUGGCUGUUUACUAAAGGGAUCUACACGUUAAACGUAACAGGUUAAUUUUUUAUAGAGGGCUGUCGUUUCAAGGAAGGGACUGAACUCGUCUGCAGUAUAAUCUAUAUAAUUCACUUCCUUUCUUCCACAUAAAUCCAUAUUGCAUUAUCCACUCUGUAAUCAAUUUCUAUUCGCCUUACUCGUUUGCUUUCUAUUUUUUUCGGACCGACGAUUACCUUUUGAAUUGGAAGCAAUGGCGUCUCUUUCACCAUCUCACCAGCAAAAUUAGGAAUUUAAUGCAUUCUCUGGAAUAGCACCUGCCGGCAUAGGAAGAAAGAUUGUCAGAAGAGGGUAUGCCAACUACAAGGUACAGUAAGGUGAUUUCUACCGACGUGUUUCGUUACAAACUCCUGCUUCUGGUAGCAUGAGAACAGCCAUAUUGUCAUGAAUUAAAGUGGGCAUGGACAGGCUUACUGGGAGAAUUACUGACAGGACAAUGUCCGGUAUAUAGCGCCUGCACUAAAAUCUGAAACAAAUAUUUCAGCAGUUAAUAUGCCAGCAAAGUGGCCAGUACAAAGCAGGGAGGAGGGCCGUAAAAAACUGCAUGGUUAUUAUUAAUAGCAAAUUAUCUGCUAAAAUACCUAGUCCUAUAUUUGCAGGGUAUGUAGUAUGUAAACUAGAGAAUCCGGAGAGGAUUGGCGAGGUAUAUACCAAAACAGAAUAGAGGCUUUCUUUGUGUCAAGGCAUACACAUAACAGGUGGCUUAAAAACAUGGAUAGCAAUCAGGACACCUCUUUUGGUACAUUGCCUACAAUUGGAGAGCAACGGCCACGAAAACGCCGGAUGGAAAGCAUGGAACCAGGCAGCACCUCGUUUGCUAGUUUGCACACGCAAAGCAACCAAAAUGAAGAACGAGGAGAUCACAUUCCAUGCACAAUCCUGGAGCUUUGCACCAGAAGAUAUGGAACUGUUUUUGAAGGUGAUGUUUUGGUUGCCUAUGGCCCUGCCUAUCCCAGGAACACUGGAGUCCAGAUAAAAGCAGAGAUUGUUCAUAUUGAUCUUGUUGACCGAAAUGGGCAGAUGACAAUAACUGUUAAUAUUAGCAACAACCUCAUAGAAAUGUUCCUGCCAAGAAUGUUGCCUGGAUCCAGUGUUCGCAUCACAAAUUUCCUUGUCAAAUCCAAAACAAAGUAUGAAAGAGGCGAUGCGAAUUGUUGUCUUGCCCUUACUUCAAAAAGCAUAGUCAACACUGUGAUGAGAAUUUGCAAACAGCUCAAACUAACUCCGGACAAAACCAUUUCGCAGCUGAUACAAGAAGAUUGUAGCUAUUCAGUUGGCUCAUUUGGUGCUGUUAUUACUAGUUACCACCUUAAAAGAAAUCAAUGUGAACUACGUGUUAAGGAUGGUGACCUUCAAAAUGACAUGGCCACUGUUGUAAUUACAAAUCCCAAUACAGAUUUGUAUACCAAAAUCGAGAACCUUCUCGUAUUAACACACACACCAUUCAUUCUUUUCAAGAAUGUUGUAAGAGAUGGGCCAAAGGGGACAAACAUUAUCCGUGCAACAAAGUCCACAUUCCUGGAAGAGCUCAAUGACGAAUGCACAAGGGCCAAUUUGCAGACUCUAGCAAAAUCUGAUAUCCAGGUAACAGGCACUUUGAGAGCAAAGAAUGCUUACCAGCCUCCAUUUGAGCCUUUCUGCAAAUCAUGCGAGCAUUUGAUUUUGCUUGAUGAUUCCACCACAGUUAGUUCUGUUCACUGCCCAACCUGCAUAACAGAGACUGAGAUUUCAUUUUGUCAGGCCUUGCAAUGCACAAUACACAAGGAAGACGGCAACAUUGACUGCUGCUUACAUCAAGAGCCUCUUCAACAAAAUUUCCCGGAGCUUGCAAACAUUUCAUAUGAACAAUAUAACAAAGACAUUUCAACAGCUGUGUUUUUGCUAUGCAGGUUCCAAAUCCAUGGAACAUUUACACUAGUAGAAAAUUCUAUUGUCCAUAUUGCCAGGUACUGAGCUGCCUGUCUGUCGAUUUUUUGUAACUAUUUCCUAGGAAAAAGAUUUCCUUAAAAACCAAAUCACGGGGUUUUACUGCUGCUCAGUCAUUAUAUAAUCUGCUUCUGGAAAACAAGGCUCUUUGUUGUGGUGAGUGAAGACUAUUAAAAUUGAAGAAAGAAUAUUUUGCAGCGCCUGGCAUCACUGUCUGCAAGAAAAUGAACAGUCAUAUAUCUACAGCCUCUUGUUGUAAGCUGUUAUACAAAGAACUGAUCGAGGCAUUUACUGUAUGUUUAUACAAUUCAAGUUGUAUCUUUGCUCAUGGAGAAUAUUGCUCUAAUUCCUCUUCCAUGAUAGCUGUCAGGAUUUGCUAAUUCUGCAUGUAACUAACUAGCAAGAAAAUCUGGUUGCAAAAUUUCUUGAACUUCACUGCCAUCAGAAUUUGGCUCUGUUAAUUAUUUUUCAAGGCAACUGAUGUUUACUGGAAGAAAUGAAUUUAGCAAUUUUAUUGAUAUUCCA